AUGAAAGUGUACAGGGGUAAUACGCUAGAAGAACACUAUAAACAAGAGAUCCAGCUUGGUUCCAGGCAAAUGGAUGUGAACCUACCUGGUGAGUCUCAAGAAAGGGCGAAACUGAAACAUGAGGCGGCCUGGUGCAGCACAUUCAGUUGCCUGAGAAAAUCACAAACGAGAGAUUCAGCUGGGUUCCAGGCCAAUUCAUCACCUUCCGUGACUGCUCAAGUUUCAAGACUGGAUCGUUAUUUUAUACACAGUCGACUCUAA